CCCAAGGAGCAAGGCAUCAUCUCCUUCUGGAGAGGCAACCUGGCCAACGUCAUCCGGUACUUCCCCACCCAGGCCCUCAACUUUGCCUUCAAGGACAAGUACAAGCAGAUCUUCCUGGGGGGCGUGGACAGGCACAAGCAGUUCUGGCGCUACUUCGCGGGGAACCUGGCAUCCGGGGGUGCUGCGGGAGCCACCUCCCUUUGCUUCGUCUACCCGCUGGAUUUCGCCAGGACCCGGCUGGCGGCUGAUGUGGGCAAAGGAGCCAGCGAGAGGGAGUUCACUGGGCUGGGCGACUGCAUUGUCAAGAUCUUCAAGUCUGAUGGCUUGAAGGGCCUGUACCAAGGAUUCAGUGUGUCUGUCCAGGGCAUCAUCAUCUACAGAGCAGCCUAUUUUGGGGUUUAUGACACGGCCAAGGGUAUGUUGCCUGAUCCAAAGAAUGUGCAUAUCGUAGUGAGCUGGAUGAUUGCCCAGACUGUCACUGCAGUAGCAGGGUUGGUUUCUUACCCUUUUGAUACUGUGCGACGUAGGAUGAUGAUGCAGUCUGGCCGAAAGGGAGCUGAUAUUAUGUACAAGGGCACAAUUGAUUGCUGGAAGAAGAUAGCUAAAGAUGAAGGAUCCAAAGCGUUCUUCAAAGGUGCCUGGUCGAAUGUGUUGAGAGGCAUGGGCGGAGCUUUUGUAUUAGUACUUUAUGAUGAAAUCAAGAAAUUUGUCUAAAAGUUAACAUCAUAAUGUAGUUCAAUUGUUCUCAAUCAACUUUUUUUAAAAAAUAUGCUACUGUGAUGUGAUGGACAACAACAUAUUUCCUAGGGAAACAGAAUAAAAUUUAUGAGUAACAUAUCUGGUUGAGAUGAGGAUGCAUUACUUUCAAAAUUGUCCACUAUGUCACAGUUACAUUUUGUAUGAAAAUUCAUCCCAACAUUUGUAUUGGAACCUAUGUAUAUAUUAUACCUCAAAUUUCAGGUAAUACAUUUUGUCUAGAGACAAGACUUGGGUGAUCUAUAGCUAGUUUAAAAUUUAAUAUUGUGAACUCUUAAAAGAAUGAGAUCUGCAGAAAUACCUAUUGUACUAAGUGAUGUCUCUGGCUAUCCAA